AUGACGAGGCCUGUGCUGAGCAAUAACGGAAGCAGGGGCUGGGUUGUACAAAAGUUUGGCGGUACAAGCGUGGGCAAGUUUCCAGACAAGAUCGCAGAGGAUAUAAUAAGGGUUUAUCUCAACGGUGGAAACAAGCUCGUCGUCGUUUGCUCUGCUAGGAGUUCCGGCAAGAAGGUCAGCGGCACCACCAGCAGGCUUCUUGAGGUCUUCAAGAAGCUGCGCAAUAUCGCAGACCUUAGCAGCGACAUAUCCGAGCCCGAUACCCAAGUCGAGGAGGCCAAGACCAUCAUCCAGGAUGUCUGUAAUGAGCACGUCUUCGCCGUAGAGUCGUUUAUCAGUGACCCCGAGCUCAAGACUUCCCUCGAGAAGGAGAUCAAGGACGAAUGCCAGGAGCUCAUCGAGUACAUCGUGGCGUCCAGGAGGUUCAACCUCGAAGCCAACUCCAGAUCAAAGGACAGGGUCGCGAGCUUUGGAGAGAAGCUGAGCUGCAGGUUCAUGACCUAUAUGCUCAAGGACAGGGGUGUCGAUGCCGAAUAUGUCGACUUGUCAGAUCUUCUCCAUUGUAACGGUGUCGAUCGGUUAGACACCACCUUCUAUAGGGACUCGGCAGCGCUCUUCCGCAAGAAGAUCCUCGCAUGCGGCGACAAAGUGCCAAUCGUCACCGGCUUCUUUGGCAACGUGCCCGGUGGUCUGCUGGACGGGGACAUUGGCCGUGGCUACACCGAUCUAUGUGCGGCGCUGGUCGCAGUCGGACUCAAGGCAGAUGAACUCCAAGUGUGGAAAGAGGUUGACGGGAUCUUCACGGCCGAUCCUACCAAGGUGCCCACCGCGAGACUUAUCCCUGCCAUCACCCCGUCGGAAGCCGCCGAGUUGACGUUCUACGGCUCCGAAGUCAUCCACCACCUCACCAUGGAUCAGGUCAUCAAGGCCGAUCCUCCCAUUCCCAUCCGCAUCAAGAACGUCAAGAACCCGCGUGGCGACGGCACCAUCGUGCUCCCGGAUCCGCACUUGGCCCCCAGCCACGAGUUGCGGCGCUCACGCCCGUCCGAGAUCAACCUGCGCAAGACUCCCAAGCGCCCGACGGCUGUCACCAUCAAGGACAAGAUCUCCGUCAUCAACAUCCACUCCAACAAGCGCUCGAUUGCUCAUGGCUUCGUAGCGCGAGUCUUCUCCAUCCUGGACGAGAACCAGGUCUCGGUUGACCUCAUCUCCACUAGCGAGGUGCACGUCUCCAUGGCCAUCCAUUCGGCAAACCCGGAAGAGAACAACCUCGACAAGGCCCGGAAGCAGCUCAGCGACUUGGGAGACGUCAGUGUUCUCCAUGACAUGGCCAUUCUCAGUCUUGUCGGUGCCGACAUGAAGAACAUGAUUGGUAUCGCCGGCAAGAUGUUCUCCACGCUCGGAGAGCACAGGGUCAACAUCGAAAUGAUCUCGCAAGGCAAGUCAAGUCACUUCUCUGCCACUCUGUUUCCAAGUCGGCGAGACAUCGUAGCGAUCAUGAAACUAACCAACCAUAAUGUAGGUGCGAGCGAGAUCAACAUAUCCUGUGUUAUCGACGUACGGGAUGCCACGAGGGCCAUGAACAUCUUGCACACCAACCUAUUCACCUUCCUUGAGUAG